GUUCCAACGUCUCCUUUGAAAUUACGCGCAUGCCUGAUCUGCCGCCCACAGUUUAAAAAUAACAGCACAGACAUCAUGUUAUGAGAUGUUUAUUAUUCAACGAUAAAAAUAAACACUCCUGGCUUGAUCCAAAAUGGAUUCUGUUGUUGGAGAGGAUCAAACCUUGCCGUUUGACAUCAAUAUGAGUAUUUCAAGACUGCCAGAGUCUCUGAACGGCAGCAACUUCAACAUGGACAACAUUUCAGUUCCUCUGUUUUCAGAGCAGAGGAUGUCUCCAGCCAAAGCUCUGACCAUGAAGGACUAUGAGAAUCAAAUUACCGCUCUGAAAAAAGAAAACUUCAACCUAAAGCUCAGGAUCUAUUUUCUGGAGGAACGUGUACAGCAGAAGUGCGAUGAUUCUACAGAGGACAUUUAUAAAACGAACAUUGAGCUCAAAGUAGAAGUGGAAUCAAUGAAAAGAGAUCUGGCCGAAAAACAGGAACUGCUUGUCUCUGCAUCGAAAGCACUGGAGAGUUUAGCCAAUCGAGGUGUUGAUGAUGGCAGAGCGCAGACACGGAGAGAAAUGGACUCGCUCAGAGAAGCCUUUAAUGCUCGGAUUCAAGAACUGGAGGAGUCUCUGAACGCUGCACAAGAAGAACUGGAAAACAUGGCCAUCAUUGCAGAACGGGAGAAACUGAAGAAUCUUGGCUUAGAGAAAGAGCUACAAGCUGGCAAUCAAUCAAAACCUUCAGGUGAUUCAGAUUUCGCCCCUGAGCGACUUAAAGAGCUCCAACAAGUUCUUCAGCAGAAGGAAAGUGUCAUUCAGCAACUGCAGGUGUCACUUAAGGAUCAGGAUGCCAUGAUUGGAGAGCUUCGGAGGAAUAGCUCGGACAAGCCAAUAGCGGAACAGGUGGCCCAGUUUAACUCUCUCAUUGGCCAAAAAGACAAACAAUUACAGACUCUCACAGAACACCUGGAGCGUGAGAGAGAAAAUGCAGAAAGAGACAAACAGAUGUGCAUUGAAACACAGACGGCGUUGAACAGAUUGGAGCAGAAGACCAAACAGCUGACUGAAGAGCUCAAAACUGCCAAGAGCAACAGCCAACAGCUUUAUCACACGCUAGAGGAAACAGAGAGAGACAAGAAGGCUCUUUCUGAUGAGCUGCAGGAGAGAGAGGGCGAGCUGGGAGCAGAGAAGAAGAACUCUCUGAAACGUGACAAAACCAUUCAGGGCCUCAGUCUGGUUCUCAAAGAGAAGGAGAAAGAGAUUGAGGAUUUAUCUCGUGAUCUGGAGGAGAGGGAUCAGGCUCUGGCUAAGGCGAGAGAGGCCCUUCAUAAAGCCAAAGUGCAGAAAUAUCAGGGAGAUGAAGAUCAGCAGUCUUUGCUUCUGGAGCAGCAGGCUGAAUUGUCGCGACUUCACACAGAGGCUCGUUCAUCCUCGCUGGAACUUCAGAGAUUGCAACGUGUGCUGGGAAACCGAGAUUCAGAGCUCGUCCUGCUCCAGCAGGCUAGAGGACAACUGGAACAGGAACUAGAACAACUACAACAGCAAAAGAAGAAGGGAGACAAAACUAUAAAUGAUCUGCAGAAUCAGUUAAAGAAGCUGAACGGCGCUCUGGCUGACAGAGAGAACGCUCUUGAACAGCAGCAUCUAGAACAGCAGGAGCAGAGCCGAGCUUCAGAGCAAAAACUGCAGAACGCUAUAGAACGUCUCGCAGCCAACCUGAAUCAUAAAGACCAACAGCUGCAGGACUACAUGAACAUGGUGAAAGAUCUGGAGAAGAACAGAAAUCAAGAGGGCGGUGAUGCCAUGGUGGCUAAACUCAGAGCCAGACUGAAGGAGAAAGAGAAGGCUUUGGAGGAAGCACUGGAUGAUAAAUUUGCAGUCGUAGAAGAGAAAGAAAAUGAGAUGCAUCUCUUGAAGCUGAGUCUGAGGGAGAAAGAGAGAGAUGUGGAGCGUCUCAACAACCUGCUCUUACACAAUGAGGAAACCAUUAACAGCUUCGACGCUCUCGUAAAGGAGCGAGAUCUAGAACUGCAGCAGCUGUUGAACUCACUGAAGAAUCUUCAGAGGUGUAAAGACGAGACUGAGGAGAACCUUCAGAGAGCUCUGAGAGAGAAAGACUCCAUUAUACAGCACUUACAGCAAGCUCUGGACAACAAGACUAAAGAUCUGGAGGAGAUGGCCAAUACGGUUCUCAGCCAGUCAGAGUCUCAGGGACGAGAGCUGGCCGAGCAGAUGAGUCAAAGGUUAAAGGUUGCCGAGGUCAUGCUGUCUGAAGCAGUGAAGCACAGAGAGAGGCUGGUGUCUGAGAAUCAGUCCGCUGUAGUAAACCUGCUGGCCACCAUCAGCAGCAAAGAUCAACUACUUAGGGUACUUAAACACACACACUCAUACUCUUCACGUAUGGACGACACGGAUGGGAAUGUUCUAACCUCUCCGAAUGUGUGUCUGUACGUGCAGGAGAGUGCAGAGCAUCACACGCAGGCUCUUAGCGAUUGUGCAGCUGAAUUGCAGGAUCUGCGCAAACAGCUGGCAGACAUGCAGCUGCAACUCAGAAACGCACAGAGAUUGAGCGCUACGGCAACACAAGAGGGUCACACGGGGAUCGCUGAACUCCGUGCCAUGUUAUCAGAGAAGGACGCCUUCAUUAAUAAGCUGCUACAACGUGGACAGGACAAAGAACGCAUCCUAUUGGAAAUGAGGAGUGGUGAGGCUCCGCCCCCUCAGGUGCUGGAACUCAGACAGACCAUCCAGGUGCUGCAAGAGCAACUCACUGAGAGAGAAGCCGAGCUGAGCAAGAGAUACAGUGAGGAAAUGCUGGAUCAAACUGCAGUCAAUAAGAAAACAUCAGUUGUUUUGAAAAAAGAGCUGGCUCAGAAAACCGAAGCUCUUAACGCAGCGCUAAAGAGAGAAAACCAGCUCAAGAUUUCUCUAGCAGAGCUUCAGUCCACGCUCUCAGAACUUCAAGCAAGAUUAGACGGACAGACGGCCAAUAUUGAAAGUCUUUCGUCCACACUCAACACCAAAGAGGAAAUCAUUAACGAGCUGCACCAGCGUUUAGCCCAGAGAGGAGACGGCCGGCUGCCUCUGACCCGCGACCAAGCCACCCAACCUGGUGUGACUGAACCCAGUCUGUCUUCUCUUCCUCAAAGAGAGAGUACCCUUAUUGGAGGAGACAGCCAGCGUGAGGAUCUACCGUCCCUGUCCGAUGUGCUGGCUGAGCAGGUGGAGUUAAACCGCGCACUGAGAGCCGAACAGCAUCUUUACUCCAAUCUCAUCAGAGCUCUCAAACAGCACGACAGUGUUGAGAGGCUGCAGGCGCUGCAGUUGGAGCUCACAGCCGUGUCACUCCUCAGACAGCAGCUGGAAGACGGCGUUCAGAUGAAUGAGAAGCUGAGAGAUGAGCUACAGAGAGAGAUACAUAGAGCCAAGCUGACAGAAGGUUCAAACCCUUCUGAGUUAGAGAGCGUGCGUGAUGCACUAGAGGAAGCUCAGCGCUGGAACGCAUCUCUGCAGGCACGUCUGGGACAGAUUCAGAACAGAGGAGGAGGAGUCGGACAGGCCAACGACUCUGUGGACACAAUGAGUUUGUUUGGCGAGCAGACGUCCUAUAUGAGCAUAUGCUUGGGGGAGGGACCAGAGGAGGAGCUCCAGCACCUGACUGUAGAACAACUCAGUUUAAAGAUCUUGGAGCUACAGGCAGUAAACGCUGAACUACAAAAGAAGUUGGUACCUAUGGAGAAGGACAUUGUGGGUAAUCAUCCAGACGACUCUCAGACAGAACCAGACCUCAUCAACCUUUCAACUCCUACUAAGCAAACACAGGGAAAGCAGCCACCUGCCGCUAAAGAUGAACAUCCAAAUGUGAAGGAGAAAUGUAAUGAGGAAGAUUGUUAUGGUGAAGGUCAUCUGACGUCGCUGAGAGAUCAAGAUGCAGUACCACCAACUUCCAGAAUGCUAAGGGACGAACCUGAAAAGGCAGAAUUGAGGUUGCUCCUCACAGACUGUGGGGCGGAGUCAGUCUCUCAGCUCAGAGGGCAAGUGGCCAAACUGCGCUCAGAAGCGGCUGAGCUCCGUGGACUUUUGAAGGAGGAACACGCCACUGACUCAAAAGAAAGCGCUGAGAGUUCCGGAGAAAGCGACAGCCAUGGAGACCUAAAGCAAACCGUCAAGACGCUCCGCUCGGAAGCCAAAAGUCACAGAAAGAUCAUCCGACUACUUAAAGAGCAGCUCCAGCAGAAAUCAGCCAAAGGUCACUUCAACACAGAGCUGAACGUCAACAUUGCCACUGAGAUGGAAGGAGUGCGUACGGAAACUAAAGAUUCACAGAGACACUCCGAGACCUCCGAGAAGCAGCAACAGGUGAAAGAGAGCAAACAGAAAGAAAAGAAAGAAACACAGGAGAAAGAAGAGAAAAUUCAGGGACAAUCCACCAAACUUAGCAGGAAGCAACACAUGGCCAGACAUGCAGCAUAUGUCAAAUCACGGCUUCCGGUUCCUGUGCGACCCAGUAAAAGCUCCGGGCAGAGUUCUGAGGAUCUGAGCGAGGUGAUGUCGGACCACGUCAACCCUUGGCGCCGUGACCUGAGGGCAGCUGAAGAGUCAGACUACACCUCUGACAGCAAGACAUCUUCAAAAUCCGCACAGCACCAACACCUUGACUUGGAUGAAGUCAAAGACUCCAAAAGUCCAACCGCAGGACUGAAACCGAAGGCUGACGCUGGACAAAACACAGACCUGAAUCUUGACUCCGAGCUCAUGCUGCAGUUAGAGCUGCUGAAUCAGGAAUGCCAGGAGAAGGAGGAGCUUAUCUCCUGCCUGCAGCAACAAGUCCAGGAGUGGGAGGAGCUUCAGGUCCAGCUACAAGAGAAGGACAGGCUCAACCGAGAAUACCUGGAGGCCCUGCAGGCAGCAGAGUCCACCAUCGCCUACCUCACCGCGUGUAGCUUGGACUCCGAGUGCGGUCUGGGUCAGACGGGAGACGUGUCGUGGCAGCAAAGGUGUGCAGAACUUCAGAAGGAUGUUGAAGAGAAAGACGGACUCAACGCUCGGAUGUUGGAGUGCUUGAACACGGCGGAGUCCGCAAUCAUGUCACUCGGCGGUGUGGACGCAACAAGCCAAACCUUUGGGCAAGUAGAUCCUCAGGUUGUUUGUGAGAGGUUAGAGGACCUGAUUAAACAAGUCAGAACUUCUAAGCAGAAUGUGGAUGGAUCCGUGAGGCCAUCAGGGGAAACUCACAGCCUGAAAGAGCUGCAGCCGUGCAGGAUGAAUGCAGAGCAGCAGGAAAAGCUCAGGACUUCAGAGUCAGUUGACUUUAGUGAAACUAGCAAACACAACGGCGCCCUCAUGGGUCUGGAGGGGAGUUACACUCACAGGCCACAAGAAGAAAAAAUCCCAUCAUGGCAACAUCGUCAGCUUACAGAUUGUCUGUCUGAGUGCAUCAGAGCCGCUGAAGGUGCCACCCAGUCUCUCGCAGACGUCUGCUCAAGCCAAAACCAUUCUCGGGCGAACUCGCCCAAUCCAGAGUUAAAGCAGUGGCUGGACAGACUGCAGCGCGCCUUCCUGGAGAGAGAAUCUCUCGAGGGCUCACCAGGCACCGAGAGACACCAACAAAAGACGAGCACACCCAUUCAACAGGGACAAGAGGACCAGUACAGCUCCAAACCAUCACACCAAAGUACUUUACUGAAGCCCUCGAGACAGAAUCUUUACAACAACCUGUUGAGGAUUCUUAAACUUCAUACGGACGGUUUUCAGAAUAUCAAUAAACUAGAGGAGGAGCUUGAAUGUAAACUCAAUGGGCGUGGAGGAGGUGGAGAAGCACCUGAAAAUGACCCUAUCGAGAGGGACGCACAUAUCCAAAGUUUGCAGAAGGCCCUGAAGGAAAGACAGAGGGCGUGUCGGAAGUUAGAGGAGAAGCUGGCGAUGGCUCAGUCCGUCAUCGCUGUGCACGGCUCAAAUAAAGACAAACAAACUGAUCAGUGCAAAGCGCCCUCUGGUGAACGGGAUGAUAAAGGGGUGCAGGUGGAGGCGCAGGACCUUGGGUACGAAACGAGUGGGAAGAGUGAGACGGAGAGAGAGGAAGGAAGUAGCACAGACGUGGACUGUGUCCUGCGGCUGGUUCCUGUUCUGUCUCCUGAGCUGCAGAGGAAUCGGGACAGGUUUUCUCCUGACACUACAGCAUCCAGCCCCUCGUACCCAAGCUCUCCGGGGCUGAGCUCCCCUCGACCCUGUCCUUCUGACCUCAUCGACCCUAACGCUGACCCCGCCCUCCUCCAUCAGCACCUCCAGAGGCUCAGAGCGCAGGUGGAAGAGCAGCAAAGAACCAUCCAGCACCUCCAGCAACAGCUGCGCAAGAAAUCUUUAUCAUCCGAGCUCCUGAGCGUGACCUCUGACCUCACCGGAGGUGAUGAAGAAGAUAGAAAGAUGAUGAAGGAUCAGAUCGCCCAACUCAACUCUGAGCUGGAGAAAGAGAGAAGCCUGAGCAGAAGCCUGAGCAGAAACAGCCAAUCAGGAUCUCCGUCUAGAAUCGAGUCUCUGGUCCAGUCUCAGGCUCGGGAGUUGUGCGAGCUGAGGGAACAGAUCCGCGUGUCUCGUGGUUUGGGUGUAGAACAGCGUAAACAGCUGCUGGAGCUCAGAGGAGCUCUGGAGGAGUUACUUCAGCCCAGCGAGACUCACGCUGCUCAGGGAACUCAGCUCGGAGAGAGACUCGACCGCAGUCUGAGUCUGCUGGAGAAACUUGAACAGGGGGUUGGUGGCAUAGAGAAUGAGGAGGGGGCGGAGUCAGAGAUGGCCCUUGGACUGUCUGCAGAACUGCAGGAGAAAGACCGGCUCAUUCAAGCUCUGCAGAAACAACUACACUCACAAGUUCCCACAAUGCAGCAGUUCUCAGACUCUGAGAUGAGUGACCGACUGUCCAAUGAUGGCACCAGCUCCUUCCACGGCAGCCCUCCCGCUCUCCGCAGCCAAACCCCCAACAGAACUCUCACAGGUCUGAAGGCAAACAAUGCUGAUGCGUUACCAGGUCAGAGGUCAGGAGCCGUAGGCGUGUCUUUCGAUGUGGGCGUGUCUGAAGGUGGAGAUGGGAGUGUCCUAAUGCUGCAACGGGAAAACGGUCGUCUGCAGGAACAGUUAAGAAGCAGCGAGGAGCUGAAUGCAACACUUCACAGUGAACUGGACCUGACACGCUCCAUCCUGAAACACAGCCCACAGAAACACAUGACAGACAGACCAACAGCGCAGCAGAACACAUCAGACGGCAAGAACAUCAACUCUGACCUGUUGUCCGAACAUUUGCAUGAGAUCAGAAUGCUGCGCCAGCGCCUUGAAGAAACCAUCAGAACCAAUGAGAGACUCCGAGAACAGUUAGAGAGAAAAUUACUGGAGGCUGAGAAAGACUCGGCAGCCACCAACAUCUUCAUCGCUGGUUCUGAGGAUCAGGCUCACAUCAGCAGUGAGCUUCACUUCCUGUUGACUCAAAACCAAACACUUAAAGAACAACUCAACCAGGGAGCGAGAGAUAAACAGAAGGAGAAUGAUCGUCUCAGAGAGGCUCUGGCCAGACGAACAGCUAAACUGGAGCUGAGCAGAAAAGAGUGUGAAACGCUCAAACAAGAGCGAAGUCAACUACAGGUCAACCUGAACAGAUUGCAGUGUGAGAACAAUCAUCAGAAGCAGCAGUUGUGUGACACUCAGAAGCUCCUGCAGACUGUGCGUGUGGAGCUACAAGUGCAAGAACAUAUGAAGAACACCACACAGACGCACACAGGAGAAGUUUCUGCAUCUGAAUGUGGAUCUGCAGUGAAUCUGAACGAGCUGUUGGCUGAGAUCAGACAGCUGCGUGUGCAGUUAGAAAGAAGCAUCCAGACCAACACAUCACUGAGACUGAGAUUAGAACAACAACUACUGUCCCGCUCUGACCCCAAAUCAACCAUUAACAUCAACUACCUGCUCACAAAGACGGAUGGAGCUAGUAAAUCAGAUGUUGCUCACUCGCACACAGACCGCUCCAGUCCUGCACAAGAUUGUGACAGUUCAGCAGACAGCGAGUCUCACGCUCCAUCUCGACUUGUACCGGGUCAUCGGCUCUGGGCGGACCGGCGCGGCCGUCACAUUCUGGGUCUGAUAGAAGAUUAUAACGCCCUGCGCAAACAGAUGAGUGAAGCCCAGAGACUGACCGCUGAUCUGGACACACAGAUACAUGACAACAGCAAGGUUCUAGAUCAGUUUCAGAUGAAGGGAUUCUCCAGAAGUGUCAACACUAUGCAGCAUGUUCUGGAAGAAGCCGCACGACUACUCAAACUUCUCUGGAGAGUCUCGCUGCCCUCAGGAGACGGCAUACACACUCAACAGGACGAGCUGUUGAGGAGUGAGAUCUCCCGUCUGAAGAGUCGUUUGUCUCAGCAGGAGAGAAUGCUCACUGGAGCUGUUAAACGCCUCAGAUCCACCAAUCAUCUGAAGGAGGGCAUGGAGCGUGUCAUCAUAGACCAGCUGUCUCUGACUUACGGUGUGCUGAAGAGGGCCAGAGGAAACCUGGAGUGUAACUAUCUGAAGGCUUUGCAGGUUGAAGGACGUCCCACUGAAUGGCCAGUGACUAAUGAACAAACAGUCGUGCCGUCCGGCCCACAGUGUGAAGCAGAAAGGGACUCAGCGUCUUCAUCACUAAAGCUGUUAGAGAUGUUGGACUGAUUUCACGUUUGAAUUUAAUGCAAUUCUUGUGAUGUCUGUCCCUUCAAGACCUCUUUUUAUUUAUUUUUAUCCUUCUGAGGUACGCUGAUACAGUUUGGCAAAAAUUUGCACAUAUACAUCAAGCAUUUAACAUCACAGUAAAAGGGAAUGUUUUUAAGUAAUAUCUUGUAAAUACUUUUAAUGUUAGUUUUAUACUGUUUUCCCUUUAAAUAGUUCCUUGUUAACUUGUCUGUGCUGUAUUACCCCGCUCAAGCUCAGCUAAUAUUUUGAUCAGAUGUGUACAUGAGUUAUAAAUGCACAUUAAAAGAUUUCAUGAAUCA